CCGGUAACACGGACGAGCACACACCCCUAAAGCUCCCCCCCCCACCCUCCCGCACAUCCUCAAUUUGUCUCUAUUUUGUCCCUAUUCCCUCCUGCCCUCACUUGUGUAACUUUUCUGGAUUAUUAAAAUCAGAGGAGAAGGAAGGGGCUUGUGGAAGGCUUCGACCAGAAUGGUGAGGUGGUUCCAUCCCAACAUCACCGGAAUCGUAGCAGAGCAGCUCCUGUUGACCCGCGGCGUCCACGGCAGUUUCCUGGCCCGGCCCAGCAAGAGCAAUCCGGGGGAUUUCACCCUUUCAGUCAGGCGCAACGAUGAGGUGACCCACAUCAAGAUCCAAAACUCCGGGGACUACUAUGACCUGUACGGGGGCGAGAAGUUUGCCACGCUGGCCGAGCUGGUGCAGUACUACACCGAACAACAGGACCUGCUGCGAGAGAGGAACGGCCAUGUCAUCGAGCUCAAGUAUCCGCUCAACUGCAAAGACCCCACGUCUGAGAGGUGGUAUCACGGCCACCUCUCAGGUCGAGAGGCUGAGAAACUGCUCACAGAAAAAGGCAAGGCUGGUAGCUUUCUGGUUCGAGAGAGCCAGAGCAAACCGGGCGACUUUGUCCUCUCGGUUCUCACCCACGAGGAGAAGCACGAGAAUGUCGACCGCAAAACCAAGGUCACCCACGUGAUGAUCCGAUACCAGCAGGAUGGUAAAUACGACGUCGGUGGUGGCGAGAGGUUCGACACCCUGGCGGACCUGGUGGAUCACUACAAAAAGAACCCGAUGGUAGAGAAGAGCGGCAUCGUCGUGCACCUCAAACAGCCCUUCAACGCCACAAGAAUAAACGCAGCCAACAUUGAGAAUCGAGUGCGAGAGCUCAACAAGGUAGCAGACAAUUCAGAGAAGCCCAAACAAGGAUUUUGGGAAGAGUUUGAGGUACUUCAACAACAAGAGUGUAAGCUGCUGUAUCCCCGGAAGGAAGGCAUGAAACCAGAAAACAAGAGUAAAAACAGAUACAAGAAUAUCCUCCCCUUUGACACGACACGAGUUGAAAUUCGAGACGCAGAUCCAGAUGUUCCUGGUUCAGACUACAUUAACGCCAACUACAUAAGAGGCUCACAUGAGGCAGGGCGCCAGGGGGAGGAGGACAAAUUCUUCAUCGCCACCCAAGGGUGCCUGCAGAAUACAGUUAUUGACUUCUGGAAGAUGGUGUAUCAGGAAAAUACACGCGUCAUCGUCAUGACAACAAAGGAGAUGGAGAGAUCACGGAACAAAUGUGUCCGUUACUGGCCUGACCCUCACAGCACCGUGGAGUUUGGAAGGGUGCAAGUGAAAAACGUGGAAGAGUGGCGAGCUCAAGACUACAACCUGACGGAGUUGGAGGUGACCCAUCUGGACCGGAGGGAACCUCUGAGAUACGUCUCGCACUACCAGUACCUGACUUGGCCAGACCACGGAGUUCCCAACGAGCCCGGGGGGGUCCUUUCGUUUCUUGAGGUGAUCAACCGGACACAGAGGAGCAGUCCAGAAUAUGGGCCCAUCGUCGUCCAUUGCAGCGCUGGGAUUGGGAGGACUGGCACCAUUAUUGUCAUUGACAUCCUCAUUGACAUUAUACACCGCCAAGGCCUUGAUUGCGAUAUCGACAUCCCCAAGACCAUCCAGAAGGUACGGCAGCAGAGGUCCGGCAUGGUACAGACAGAGGCCCAGUACAAGUUCAUCUACAUGGCCGUGCAGCAGUACAUAGACACAGCUCAGAAGAGGUUGGAAGAAGAGCAGAAGAGUAAGAUGAAGGAGAGAGAAUACUCCAACAUCAAAUAUCCUCCAAUGGCCAAUUCAAGGUCCAAACUCAACAUGGCAUCGUCGCGCUCUUCGUCUGUGAUGACAAACGAUGAUUCUUCAAGCGUGUACGAGAACAUCAACUUUAAAAGCCCGCAGACGUCGUUCAGCAGUAACACGAGGAGGUAAAACCCAGGGCUGCCGACCCGCACGUGUUCCUCGCAAGCCUCUCUUGUCAGCGGAGGCCUCAUCUGCCACCCAAAAUCCCUCCGGUGGGGGAGGCGUGAUCGCAGUGUACUGUCGAGAAAGUGCACCUUGCCCGUGGUGAGCGACUUCUCUCAAGUUGGAACCUCUGCUUGCGCUUCUGGAGUUAAAUCUCCAAGAAGGAGGAGGACUUGUCACGGAUUGUGCUCCUGACCCUCCUGCUUUUUCCUCCAUUUCCGCUGCUGCCUCCAAAAGCCUUUCCUUCUAUUAAUCAAUGAAAGUGCCUUGUUGUCUCAAAUCAAGAUGUUAUAUUUCUGCUCUUACUUGGAAGAUGAAGGUUCAACCGAGGGGUUGCGCGGCCACAAAAGUAUUGGAUCGGAGCCAAGAAAAGGUCAAAGCAAGGUCAUCUCACAGACAUCCUAAAUGAGGCUGCUACUGGUUUUGUCAUUUCAUCCAAAAAUAAUAAUUUUAGGAACAAAUAUUCAACACCAGGCUUUCUAUUGUUUCUCCUAAUAAGUGUAUCGUGCCGAAAUGUAAUCUUGAUCGUUCAGCUACAGACUUGGAGUGUAAAACAGCUAGAGUUUUAUUUGGAACCGGUUCACAAAUUUUAUCAGCACUUAAUAUCUCAGCAUUGACCAAAAAUGGUACCUGACAAAAUAGUAUCUUGUGUUAUUUAAUAACACAAGCUUCCGUUAUGGCCACGCUCAAAAGAAUGUUUUUUAAUACAUAAAAUACUCUUGGAAAAACAUUGGUUUGUGAGACAUAAUGUUGUCAUUGCGUGUGGAGAGUAAAAAUAUCAUUUAAUUCAUUUCAAGCAUUGUACUCUAAUAUGUAAGAAAAGCUGUAAAGUGAGGGAUAAAUAAUAAUUUCCCAAGAAUGACAUUGUAAAAUGACGGUAUAUAGAAUACAAAUGUCGAAUAAUUAUUUUUGAGGAAAAAUUAAAGAUUACAAAAAAGAACUUGAAUUGAGAAAACAUUGUGGGAUUAAGAUAAUAAAAACGGUUGUAAAAUUUUGUGAAAAGUCAGUCAUUAUAUUAUGAAAAGGUCAUAAUUUAACAACAAUAAAAUUGUAAUUUGCAUUUGAAAAAUAACCCUUUUAUUGUGAAAAACAUCUCAAUAUGACAAGAAAAAUGUCAUAAUUUCAUUAAGAACAAAGUGUUAUUAUGCUAAAGGCAUAAUAUCGUAGUAUUACAGGAAAAUACUUGCUUUGCUAGAAGAAAUUGACACAGAAAAUAUGUCAUUUUACAGGAAUAAAAUUAGAGAAGAAAGCUGGAAAUGUCUUGAUUAUGAAUGAAUACAGUACCUGCGGUAAAAUGAGCACUGGCAAGGAUGUUUUAAAAAAAAAACAAAGAUGGUCAUAUUCAUAUGACCGAAUAUUAAUAAAAUUAUAUUUUGAAAAAUCAUCACACUCUGGUCCCCUCUAAUUUAAUUAUUUUUUAAAAAAUUGCCAUGCCUCGACAUGAAUAGCCAAUCAGAGACAGAAGAGACGGAAGGCGUGGCCUAGGAAAUCGUGUCACUCAUUUGCCGUCACGUGGCGCAGCUGUGCAGGGACACCAAGCACUCUCAGUGUGCCUUGGAGAUACAUUUCGCAUUAUUACCAACAUGAAUAAGAAAUGUUAGCAUUGUAGCAACCGUGGCUAAGAUCAUCUCGUUUACGAACGUGCGCUCCCUUGUCAGUGAGAGGCGUGGCUUUUCAUCACAUACUCGAGGAUCCGGGCACGGAAGAGUGAACGGAGGCUAGGAUACAUUCACCUCUUACAAGCACGUUGAAAACUGCAAACUUGCCCUUUGACUGUACAUUUUACCUUUUUUUUUUUUUGGCGUGGCCACCAAUUAGCUCAUAACCAGUACGAGUCGGGAAGAAGGCAUGAAAGGAUUCCUGAAUGAGAAGUAGCCAUCUGUGGAUUUUGUUUGACUCGCCGUCCUCGUUAAUCAUCAAGUCUGAUGCGCUUCAACAUCUGCCCCAGGCGAGGGUCACAAGGAGACCCGGGAUGGCGAUUACGCCGCACCAGAUGGCUAUCUGCCCGAGAUUGAGGAAUAGAUUGGUCUCCAAAAAGUAAUUUAGACGACAGCCGUAAUCCAGGCUUGAUGAUCGCUGAGCGCGUAAAGUCUACGUCACUGAUGCGAUAAGGAAGCCCAUUGGAGCGCUGAACCCAGCAAGCUAUUUUUAGCCCCUGUCCUCGUCAAAAACAACGGCAACCAUGUUAGUGGAACUUGACCAGGCUCGAAAUCCGUGAAAGAAAAAGUCAAGAGAGCUCGAAUGAAAUUGAUUCAAUUUGGAUUAGACCGAUUGACAUGCUUUAAGACAGUGAUACUCGUCAGGUUUUGUCAUUAAAGUUCUUAAUGACAAAUGAGUCCGGUUUCUUGCGUAAUCCGAGUUUUAAUGAUCAAACAACAUCUCCUGCUUGGCUCACCAGUGGCAUGAAUUUCUUUCUUUUAUUUUUGUAUCUUGUAUUUAAUAUAUGUGUAUCUCAGCGUGCAGUCUUGACGGUGAAUAGGGGAAAUGUAGAAAGCAUGUUUAGCUGGGUUGUUCCAUUUCGCCAACAUUUUUGGCUUUUCAUUGAGACAGUGUCGGUCUCUACUCAAUACAAUUUUAGGGCCCGAUUUGCUCAAAUCUCGACGAGCAGGCGCUAAAUUGCAUGUUCACUCUCACAAAAUGAAUUUGUGAAGCAUGAUAAAAACAAUUUGCUAUACUAUCUGAGCCUAAGGUGAGGUCAAGUCCCAUGAGGCUGUUGUCUCAGAGAGCCUUAUUUUGAAAAUGAUCAAGUUGCUAUUGUGGGCCGCAUUCACAAGUCACCUUGUUAUAUUGACAUCUUUUCUGAUUGUUGUUUUUCUACAAUUUCCACCUUCAUGGCAUCGCUUCCCAGUGUGUUCGAAACCGUGGCCCGUGUACCCUGACUUCAUUGGGAAAGGGUUGGUCGUGUUCCCGUAUUUAUGAACGUUGUCAACGCAUUGAAUCUUUUUGAAUUUGUUUCAUUUUUCUUCCACUUGGCCUCUGUCUUUGACAUGUUCUAACAUCAAUACUUGAAAGUAUGAAAAUGCUGAAUCUUGGACAUUUGUGGUGGAGUUUUCUCAAAUGUUAAAAUGUUUUGUUUUGAUUGUGUUUGUCUGAAUGUCUAUUAUUAUUCUUGUUGCGUUUCCUGUUUUGAACCAGCGUUCAAGGAGGGUUUGCAGUGUACUUUCUGCUCGUCCCCUCACUGUGUAUUUACUUGAAGAUAUUUCUUUUUGUUUCCUUUCGUAUGUUCUGACGUGAGUCCUGCCUGUUGUUCUCGCACUGGCUUCUGCUCAGUUGCCUUCAAGCUGAACAAGCCGCCGCUCGCGGAGGCAAAAAGUUGCCGAGCGUGGUUUGUUACAAUAAACUUACUGUAUAUGUUA